CAACACCUUCCGUCGUUCGGCAGAAAAACUGAAAAUCGUCGAAUCACGCUAUGGAUUUCGCUUUUGACAUCGGUCUUCAUAAUAAUAACAUGAAUUCAACAGAUUGGAUGGAUAGUGAAGUUUCUACUGGAACUUCCAUCAUGGCAGUUGAGUUUGACGGUGGUGUCGUGAUUGGUGCAGAUUCAAGAACGACAACAGGAGCUUACAUCGCAAACCGUGUUUCCGAUAAAUUGACCAGAGUCACGGACCACAUUUACUGCUGUAGAUCUGGCUCCGCUGCUGAUACUCAAGCUGUCUCUGAUGCUGUUGCUUACAGACUUGACAUGCUCAGCAUGAGUUUGGAUGAACCAGUGACUGUGAGAACUGCUGCAAAUGAUUUUAAGCAAAUUUGUUACAGUUACAGAGAAUCUUUAUCGGCAGGCAUCAUUGUCGGAGGUUGGGAUCGAAAACUUGGUGGCCAGGUGUAUUCGAUUCCUCUGGGUGGAAUGGUAUCAAGAGAGCCUUGUUGCAUUGGCGGCUCUGGAAGUGGUUUCAUCUAUGGAUUCACAGAUGCCAAUUAUAGGAAAGGCAUGACGCAAAAUGAGUGUGUUGAAUUUGUAUCUAAAGCACUUGCCCAUGCAAUGUGGAGAGAUUGCUCCAGUGGUGGAAUCAUCCGCUUGGGCAUUAUUACUGAAAAGGGAAUAGAGAGAAGGACUUUAAUUGGAGAUGAUGUUCCCAAGUAUUAUAAAGUAGAAUAGAUUUUCAAAAAUAAAUAAUUGCUGAACAAUGAUGUACCUUUUUACAAUAAAAAUUUGA